AUGGAGGCCGCAUCAGCCAGAGCUGCGGCCCGAGACCGCUGGGGCGAGAUGGGCUCGCCCACGCCAUCGCAGCUGCAGCGAUUUAUCCAGGCUGCCUGCAGUCCCGAGAAUUACGAGCCGAAUCUUGCCUUGAACCUUGAGAUCUCCGACUUGAUCAAUUCCAAGAAAGGCUCCGCCCCGCGCGAGGCCGCUGUCGCCAUCGUCAGCUACAUCAACCAUCGCAACCCUAACGUGGCCCUCUUGGCGCUCAAUCUGCUCGAUAUCUGCGUCAAGAACUGCGGCUACCCGUUCCACCUGCAGAUCAGCACAAAGGAAUUUCUCAAUGAGCUCGUCAGGAGGUUUCCCGAACGACCCCCGAUACGGGCAACGCGGGUGCAGAUGAAGAUUCUCGAGGCGAUCGAGGAGUGGAGGAGUACGAUAUGCGAAACAAGCAGAUACAAGGAGGACCUGGGCUUCAUUCGGGACAUGCAUCGUCUUCUAAGCUACAAAGGGUACACGUUCCCUGAGGUUCGGCGUGAUGAUGCCGCGGUGCUCAACCCAAGUGAUAAUCUAAAAUCUGCUGAGGAAAUGGAGGAGGAAGAGCGCGAGGCGCAAUCGGCCAAGCUUCAGGAGCUGAUCCGCCGAGGCACCCCCGAGGACCUGCAGGAGGCGAACCGUUUGAUGAAGAUUAUGGCCGGUUACGAUACUCGAUCCAAGACGGACUAUCGCGCAAAGGCUGCCCAAGAAGUUGCGAAGAUCCAAGCAAAGGCACGGUUGCUUGAGGAGAGGCUCGAGGCGUUUCAGCAGGGCGAUACGAUGCAGGAUGGUGAUGUCUUCUCCGAGCUCGCGGCAGCCUUGCAGAGUGCGCAGCCCAAGAUUCAGAAGAUGUGUGAGGAGGAGUCGGAUGACCAUGAAGCUGUUGCGAAGCUGCUUGAGAUCAACGACAGCAUACACCAGACGGUGGAGCGGUACAAACUCAUGAAGAAGGGCGAUCUGGAGGCUGCACUGAAGGUGGCUAGCGGGGCGUCACUUCCGUCGACCUCUGGUUCGUCCAAGAGCGCGGCGCAAGAGCUAUCUUUGAUCGAUUUCGAUGGGGAACCAGAAACAAUGAACGGUUCGUCUUCAGGCCAGUCAGGUCAACAGUCCACCGGUGUCGAGAAUGACCUUCUUGGUCUUUCUAUCGGCGAUUCUACAAGCUACGGCCAAGGAGGUGCUCUGGCGCUUGGAUUUGGAGCGAAUCAGAACAUCCCAGGCCCCGCACUGCUGUCUUCCGUAACGGAAAACAACAGUGCAAAGGGUACAAUGAGCAACAUCGCCACACCUCAAGCGGCGUCCUUCUCUCAAUUCGCGUCCUUCACGUCCCCCAUGGCGUCCCAAUCCGGUACUCCCCAGCCUUCUGGAAUGUCCGCAUUCAAGCCCCCUCAGCAGCAGGUUCCGGCUUCAAACGAUCCUUUUGCCGCCCUUGCCUCGCCCGUGUUUUCCUCUAAGCCUGCUACUCCUGCUCAGCCGCCUGCGGUGACCGCGCCGCCCGCAGCAGCCACGAACGAUGACGACGAAUGGUCCUUCUCAUCAGCCUUGCCGCCUGAGGCUCCUAGCCAACCUAAGGAACAUAAGGCGACUGUAAGCGACUCUAUCGUGAAGAUUGAGAUGAUUGCUGGAAGGUCUGGGGCUGGCAAUGCUAUGAAUCUAAGUUUUGCCUUUUCGAACAAGUCUGCGCAACCCGUCACCGAGCUUCAUUACCAGCUCGCUGCAACAAAGGGUUACGAACUUGGUCUCAGACCCCAGACAGGGCGCUCAUUGGCCCCUAGUCAGACCAGAGGUGUGACGCAGUUCGUAGAAGUAUGGCAUGCCGGGGACAAGAACCGCAAGGUAGAGUCUCUCAAGCUGCGGUGGAGGAUUUCUUAUAAGGUUGGAGCGGAGUCUAAGAACGAGAUGGGUGAGAUUCCCGAGUUCAGCAUCGCAUAG